AUGCUCGUCAGGCCGUCGGCUCGAGGGAGCCUCAGCGCACCCAGAGUCAACAGCCUCCGACGGCCACAGUUGUUCUCGCCAUGUGCGUCGCUCCGGUCCCGUUUGCCGGCGUCAAGUCACAGGCUGCUCGUCACGCGACCAGACCUCCUCCCCCGGAGGAGACGAGGUAGUGGCGGCCUGUCUCAUGGCGCCCUCCAUGAGCGAUCGCUCGCCACCGCCAUGGACGAUGCCCGGAUCCAGGACGGUCUCAACCUCGGGCCUCCGUCCAUGUAUACGCAGCCACCGACGUCUUCGCGGAAGUCUGCGCCCUACGACCUGAGACUCCCCGAUCCGAAGCAACCGCUGCUGCUCCGAGCCGUCGACAGCGAAGCCUUGCCGCGCGCCAAGACUAACGGCCACGGUGUUCCAGGAGACGUAGAGUCAAUGUUGUCCGUUUUCGAUGCUUGCUUGCAUGUCGGCCAUCUCGAUCGAGCUGCUCUCGUCCUCAAGCGUUUCGAUUCCAUGGGCUGCCUGCCAGGCUCUUCCAUGGUGAAGCUCCACAACAGAUAUCUCCGCGCCAACCUCCAGAGCCACUAUUCGCAGCCAGAUACCAAGUGGGCCGAGUCGAUGCAGAUUUGGUACGAGACACGCAUUCGCGCCAGAGGACUUCCCCAGACGCCAGAGACCGUCGCCCUCAUGCUCAAGGUCUCCUUGCUCUCGGCCCAAGAUCAGGACAAGCUUGAGCGCCGCGUUCAUAGGUACAUGGGCAUGGUCCCCGGCGAUGCCGGUCUGCAGGUCUACAGCGAAGCGGAUAUUCUGUCGGAUAAAGAUCUUGCCCAGAUCACGAGCAUCUGCACGACUCAUAAUUUCUCCCCCGAGGAUUGGGUACCUGACUCCGAAGAGGCUCCUCAGCCGCCCCAGGAAAACCCGAUCGCGUGGUCAGACACCAAAAGUGCCAGCACGGGAACGGAGUCGCGGCCUGAGGUCGUCCCCGUACCUCAGAAGGGCCUUGGCCUGAAGACCUUGCGCCACGUGCUGUCCUUCUUCUCCGACGUCCAAGACCGCGAUAUUUCGCGCCUACCCAUUGCAGAGCAGCGUGAGAUCCAGGCCCGACUGGAGCGGGACUGUGUCCAGGCUGCCAUCAAUCGUUGGAGAGAGGAGCAUGAGACUCUGAUGAAGAUGGGCAGGAACACUUCAUUGUCCACACAUGCUCUCAACAGCCAACUGUACGACUGGCAGUGCUCGCUGGAGAAGAAGCUCAAGGAUGAAAUGGCUCUGAUGGAUAUUUCAUUAAAAAGGGAAGACAAGUCUGCAGAAGACUUCGACCGAUGUCUCCUGGCUCCUUACUUGCACCAAAUCGGGCCAACCCGGCUCUCUGCCGUAGCAAUAUUGAGUCUUCUCAACGCCACCGCGACUGCCGGCGCAGAUAGUGGCCCGUUCCUCUCACAAGCGGUUAACUCGCUCGGCAAGGCGAUUGAGGAAGAUGCUAGACUUCAACGCACACAGACCAAGAAACCCAAGCAGGGCCGAAAGCGUGUGCUGAAGACUCAACAGCGCAGUGGUGUGCAGAACAAGCCAAGCGACGCAGCCGUGUCUGACCCGCACGCGGAUGGACUGGUUGUGAUGGCACCUGGUUCUGAAGACCCCAAACCCUCCAACAUUGUGGAUGCCCCAACAUACGAUGUCACAGCGUGGCCAGUUGUCAUUCGCACCAAGGUUGCGGCCUUUGUCUUGCUGAGCCUCAUCGAUACGGCCAAGGUCACAGUCGUGCGCGAGCACCCCGAGACAAAGGAACUUACUCGGCAGGCCCAGCCUGCUUUUGCAAAGACCUCCAUUUUCAAAAAGGGCAAGAAGAUUGGCAUGAUCAUGCCGAACAAGUACCUGGUAGAACUCAUGAAGCGUGAACCACGUGGCGACUUCCUGGCCAGGCAUCUGCCCAUGCUGGUCGAACCAGAGCCGUGGAGCAAGUUUGACAAGGGUGGUUUUCUCGAGAGUCCAUCCUCACUGAUACGAGUGAAGAAUGGCGAGAAGGACCAGAAAAUAUACACCGAAGCUGCGCUGAAACGGGGUGACCUGGACCAGGUUUGUAAAGGUUUAGAUGUGUUAGGCCGAACGGCAUGGAGGAUCAACCGUCCCGUUUUCGAUGUCAUGCUUGAGGCCUGGAACUCUGGUGAGGCCAUCAACAACUUCCCACCUUUGAACCCGGAUAUACCUCUCCCACCUGAGCCGGAAGCCACCGGCGAUCCUUUAGAGAGGAGGAGGUGGAUGCAGGCAGUCAGAGCUGUAGAGAACGAGAAGUCGGGCCUACAUUCAGAACGGUGCUUCAUCAACUUCCAGAUGGAGAUUGCCAACGCCUUCAAGGACCAGACUUUCUACUUCCCUCACAACAUGGACUUCCGCGGUCGAGCCUAUCCUCUACCCACAUACCUCAACCAUAUGGGCGCAGAUAACGCUCGUGGCUUGUUACGGUUCGCCGAGGGAAAGGAGCUUGGGGAGGCUGGUUUCCAUUGGUUGAAGGUCCAACUUGCCAACGUCUUUGGAUUCGACAAGGCCAGUCUAUCAGAACGCGCAGCAUUCACAGCAGAAAACUAUGAGAACAUCAAAGAUUCUGCCACCAAUCCUCUGAAUGGCCAGCGCUGGUGGUGCAAGGCCGAGGACCCAUGGCAAUGCUUGGCGGCUUGCUUUGAGGUGUAUGCCGCAAUGCAGCUGGAAGACCCAACGAAAUACGUGUCCCAUUUACCUGUCCACCAGGACGGUACAUGUAAUGGACUGCAGCACUACGCCGCUCUUGGGGGUGACAUGUGGGGAGCCCAGCAGGUCAACCUCGAGCCGGGCGAUCGCCCUGCAGAUGUGUACUCUGCUGUUGCCAAUCUCGUCAAGGAGAGCAUCGCUGACGAUGCCAAAGCCGAUGUUCUGCUUGGCAAGAUCAUGGAUGGCAAGAUUACGCGAAAAGUCGUCAAGCAGACAGUUAUGACCAAUGUUUAUGGCGUUACAUUCGUUGGCGCCCGUGCUCAAGUGCAGAAGCAGAUCGAAGCUGCCUACCCUCGCAUCCGAGCUGAGACCGGCUGCAGCUCCAUGCUCUUGGCAUCUUAUGUUGCCACGAAGAUCUUCAAGGCGCUAUCUACUAUGUUCCGCGGUGCCCACGAUAUUCAGUACUGGCUUGGAGAGUGUGCGGGACGAGUUUGCCGUGCGCUUACACCGGAGCAACUGGACAGGCUUGAAGCCGAACCAUUGGACGUGAAGAAGACGCCCACAGGUCGGGUUAAGAAGAACCAGCUUUCCUCGUCUGAUCUCUUGGGCUCGUUCAAGUCUACCAUUGUUUGGACGACUCCGUUACGUCUACCUGUUGUCCAGCCAUAUCGAAGGAGCGGUGUUCGUACCAUCGCGACAGCUUUGCAGGACCUUAAUCUCGUCAUCCCCGACAGGUCGGAUCCUGUCAAUCGACGAAAGCAAUUGCAAGCAUUCCCGCCUAACUUCAUCCAUUCGCUCGAUGCGACCCACAUGCUGCUGUCCGCACUUGAGAGCCAUCAUGUGGGACUUACAUUUGCUGCAGUGCAUGACUCCUUCUGGACCCAUGCUGCUGAUGUCGACACAAUGAACCGCGUGCUGCGAGACUCGUUCAUUCGGAUACACAGCGAGGAUGUUAUUCAACGACUGGCAAGUGAGUUCGAGGCUCGCUACAAAGGUUCUCUCUAUUAUGCCCGGCUGGAGGGUGGCAGCGAAAUCGAAAAGGCAAUUCUGGCCCACCGUGCCCAGUCCAGGCUGGCCAUGCCAGAGGAGCUGCUUCAGGAACGGGAGAGGCUGCGACUACUUCAAUCGGCAGAUCCCGCUGACGUGGAACGCGGGCGCCAAAUGACGACGCCUGCCAGCAUUUUCGAAGAACAUGCCGCAGCCCAGGCCUCCGUGGUUGAGGACGAAAUGAGUGAAGUUGGUUUGGGAAAUAUGCCUCCUGGUACAGAGAUCGGGAAGUCGGGCCCAGACGGGCCCAAGGCGUACAAGGGUGCGGAGGAUUGGAUCAAGGGUAAAGCGCACGACCCUGAGUAUGUCAAAGAGUUCCUUGCCACGACUGGUUUUGAGCAGGCCAUCAAGAAGCAGCCCACUCCAAAAGUCAACAAGUCAAAGUUUACCGGGGUUUGGAUUCCGCUGUCUUUUCCCAAGCUCCCUGAGAAGGGUGAGUUCGACGUCAAACGACUCAAGGGCAGCCAAUAUUUCUUCUCUUAA